UUAUUGUUUUGCGCUGUGCUGUAUUAUAAAGUGACAGUUGAAGGUUAAAUUUCUUAAGAAGUGUACAUCACAAUAAGCAAUCUAUAACAAUUAAACUCUCAUUAAUUUAAAAUACAAAUUACAAAACACAUAGUCCAAUAUGUGAGCAAAUUUAAAUUUACUUAAUAGACGUUAUAAUUGAACAAUUAACCUCUAAAAUAAUUGAAGGACAUUCUUAAAUUUUGCAGUGUAAUAAAAAGGAAAGUAAUGGCUAAGGAGGAAGAGUAUGAUAAAUUGCCUGAUAAGGACGCUGCCAAAGAAUUUUAUGCAAAAUACGAACCCAAAGAAAUUUUGGGAAGAGGUAUAUCUUCCACAGUAAGACGAUGCAUUGAAAAAGAGACUGGAAAAGAGUUUGCGGCAAAGAUUAUAGAUUUAAGCAGUGAUGGAGUAAACGACGGCUCAAAUCUAGAAUCCACGAAGCAAGAAGUUGACAUAUUACGUCAUGUGGCUGGACAUCCGUAUAUCAUUGAACUACAAGAUGUCUUUGAAUCGAGUACGUUUAUUUUCCUGGUUUUUGAGCUUUGUAAAAAUGGAGAACUCUUUGAUUAUUUAACGACUGUGGUAACUUUAUCCGAAAAAAAGACAAGAUAUAUUAUGAGACAGGUAUUAGAGGGGGUAGAACACAUACAUUCAAGGAAUGUCGUUCACAGGGACCUCAAGCCCGAGAAUAUUCUUUUAGAUGACAAUUUAAAUGUAAAAAUUACCGAUUUUGGUUUUGCUAAACUUUUGAAUGGAGAAGAGCGAUUGCAUGAUUUGUGCGGAACUCCCGGUUAUUUGGCACCGGAGACUCUAAGAUGUAAUAUGAUAGAGGAUGCGCCUGGGUACUCUUUCGAAGUGGAUAUAUGGGCGUGCGGUGUAAUAAUGUAUACAUUGUUAGUUGGGUGCCCCCCAUUCUGGCAUAGAAAACAAAUGGUCAUGUUGAGGAAUAUUAUGGAAGGAAAGUUCUCGUUUUCUUCACCCGAGUGGGCUGAUAUUUCAGAACCCCCAAAAGAUUUAAUCCGGAAACUUCUAGUCGUAGAUCCUAAGCAGCGAAUCUCAAUUAAGGACGCUUUAAAACACCCGUUCUUCCAGACUGUGCAAUUGUGGGAUCAAGACAUUGGCUCGCUGAAACGUUCUUUAGGAAGAAGCAGCAGACGGUUUAGCCGCAUUUCAGAACUCGCUCUGAAACUCCAGCAAAGAGAGUUUAAUGCAAAGCGUAAGUUCCAGUGGGCCAUCUUGGUCAUAAGGGCCAUGAUCAGAAUACAACGACUCCGUUAUACGCCGGAACCGUUGAGUUUGGACACGGCCAGGUCGGACCCGUACCGGUUGAAGCUCAUAAGAAAGAUUGUGGACGGGUGCGCGUUCCGCGUAUACGGCCAUUGGGUGAAGAAGGGCGAGGGUCAGAACCGUGCAGCUUUAUUCGAGAACACACAAAAAACGGAGUUGAAGCAUAUAUAUGUGACAAAUCUGAGUAGAUAAUCAUUGUUCUUAUCUAGAAAAUUUAAUUUUAGAUUAAAUCCGUUUUAACAAGUCCCUUUGUUAAAAUAUUAGCGUAAUUUCUUUUAACGUUUUAGUAGAAACGCAAUAAUGUAGUUUUUAUAGGUUUAUAUUUAUUGUGAUAAUUUUUUUUUCCUAAUAGCUCCCAUGUUUUAAAAAUUGAUGUUUUCGUUUUGUACGGGGCUGUUCCUUAUGUAACGUAUUUAUUGACUGUUUAAUGUCAGACUAGAAUAAAGUGUACAUAACUA